AUGAUUAUAAAGGUGAAAUAGGCGGCGUCGUGGCCAGAUCCUCACCGUCUUUUCCAGGAAUACCGUAUUCCGUUACCACUCUCUGUGGACGAGUUUCAACGUGGAUUACUGUAUGCGGUCUCGGCGUGUAGCCGAAGUGAGACCGGCGGUGGAGAGGGCGCCGAGGUUCUAACUUUGGGAACUUUUGCCCAAACAAAUCGUCUCAUUUUUCAGUUUCUCGUUCAAGAAGAGUUCACGAGUGACACGUUGCUGCCCGGGAAGACGGUCACCGGCACCUACACCAAGAAGAUCUACCGCCUCCGCUCGAAAGCGCCGUGGUUCCUUCAGAAGCUUCUGCCACCGGAGGCGUUUGAGAUCCACGAGGAGAGUUGGAACGCCUAUCCGUACUGUAAAACCAUUUUGACUGUAAGUUCUACCGCCAAAAGCCGAACAAAUGAGAAAUGCAUUCAGAAUCCGGGAUACAUGAAAGAGAACUUCCACCAAACGAUCGAAACUAUUCACUUGCCGGACAACGGAACCACGGAAAACGCACUGAAUGGACCGGAGAAGCGGGAGAUUGUGUGGGUGGAUAUCACGGAUAACCAAAUGUUCGGGAAGCAAAAUUAUAAAAAGGAGAAGGAUGCGAAGAUCUACGAGGCCGAAGUGGUCGAGAGAGGACCGUUGGAGGACGAUUGGAUGGACGAGCACGAUCCGGUAAUCAGAAAAUACAAUAGUUUUCGGUAUCGUUCGCAUAUUUGCAGAUCAUGUGUGCGUACAAGCUGGUCUCGUGCCACUUCAAAUGGACCGGAUUCCAGAAGGUCGUCGAGAAGACGAUCCACAAGAACUAUCCACGUGUGUUCGGUCUGAUGCACCGCGACGCGUACGUGCUUCUCGACGAGUGGUUCGAGAUGUCGAUGGAUUCGAUUCGCGAGUACGAGGAAGAGACGGCCGAGGUGCUCCGCAAGCAGCUCGCCGAGCCCGAGAAGCGUGGAACCACGUGCAAUGACGACGUCAACAACAACAACAACUCCAAGUGA